AUGUUUUACUUCACUCUUGCAAACAUUCCCCCAGAAUUGAGAUCAGGACUACAUGCCAUACAACUUUUGGGUGUUGCUAAAGCAAAGGAUAUUAGGAAGUAUGGGCCUCAAUCUUUGUUGGAUGAAUUCAUCACAACAGUGAGGUCAUUGUCAAGUGGAGGAAUCAAUGUUGAAAUAAAUGGUGAGCAAGUGCUCAUUGAAGGAAAUCUUGUCAUUGUGCCAUGUGACACCCUUGCAGCACAAUGGCUUGCUGGCUUCAAAGAAGGUGUUGGAUUUGCCCACAAGGCAUGCAGAGAAUGUGAGGCUACACAAGUUGAAAUGCAAAGAGAGUUUGUCGAUAUCAACUUUAGGAAGAGGGAUGAGGAAGAACAUAAAAGGAGAUGUGAUGCCCUAGAAUCACCCCUAUCUAAAGAAGCAAAAACAUACUGGAGCAAGGAAUGGGGUGUGAACACCAGAAGCUGUCUGUCUGAAAUUCCUGAUUUCAAACUUUGCUCAGGUUUUGUACAAGACCCCAUGCACAUUUUGCUUGAAGGCUUAGUCCCAUAUGAGCUCAAGCUUUUGCUUACAGAUUUUGUUAAAGAGUCCAAGUAUUUCACCUUGAAGUGGCUCAAUUUCAAAAUUCUUUCUUUCCCAUACACCUAUUUGGAGUGUGCAGCCCGUCCAGAAAUAAUUGAUGCUAAUUCCCUCAAGGAUAAGGGCAGAAUCAAACAGACAUCUGCAGCAAUGAUGACCCUUAUUACUAUCCUUCCUCUGGUUGUUGCUGAUAAAGUACCAAAGAUGAAUGAAAAAUGGCUCAAUUUUCUCAGGCUUGUUCAAAUGACCCUUCUUGCCACAUCCCCAACUUGUAUGUUGACUACUGCAGCACUUCUAAGACAAUUGACGUAUGAACAUCACACAAAAUUUGUGUCUCUCUAUCCAAGGGCACGGGUCAUUCCAAAAAUGCACUAUUGCUUGCAUUUGCCGGAACAGCUUGUGCAGUAUGGUCCCUUGAGGAACCACUGGUGUAUGCGCUUUGAAGCCAAACAUGGCUUUUUCAAGACAAAGAAAUGGAGAUGCUUCAAAAAUUUGCCUUUGAGCAUAAGCACUAAACACCAAAAGUACAUGUGUUACAAACAACAUGGUGCCACAAAUGGUAAAAGAUCAGAGUCCUUCCUAUAUGCAGGUGACAUCGUCAAGGAAGGAGAUACUGUUGUCUUCCAAGAAGCAUUUCCUCACCUUGUUGCAUCCAUGACUGAUAUCCUUGGUCAUGAAAUGGACGAGAACUUCCGUGUGUACGGGACAAACGAUGUUGUGAUUUUGGGUCGUGACUAUAGAUGUGGUUGCUGUCUGGUUUUGGCUUACCAAGAUGACAUGCCACAGUUCGGACUUGUUGAGGGCAUUUUCCUCUUUGAAGGAAAUACAAUGUUUAUAGUGAAGUGCAUGCAUAUUCAAUGCUUUGACACCCAUGUCUUGGCAUAUAUCCUUGAACCAACUCGUGAGUACCGGAUUGUACCAUAUGCAAAGCUAUUUUCCAAAUGGCCUCUGAGCGUGCAUAAACAUCAUGGUGACAUAUGUGUCAUGAACAAGUAUACUUACACUUGUGAAAGCCUUUGA